AUGGAUUCCCUCCAGCAUGGACUGGGCCACGCCACCGGCCUCAAACCCGAUGUCAACACCAAGGACGCCGGGGGUUCCGGCGGCAAAGACUUCUACCUCACCAACGGCAAGCACGUGGUGACCAAAGUCAAGGUAUGGACCGACACGGGAAGCGGUGAUUGGAAAGACAGGGACCUCGUCAAGGACAUUGAAGUCACCUUUGACGACGGCAUGACGGCCCACGUCACAGGCAAUCAGACGGGCAACUCAUCAGACCUGGAAUUUGGCGAAAAGGAGAAAGUGGCGAGCAUGGUCUUUCGGACCGGCGCCCGCGUCGACAAGGUCUAUUUCAAGACAGACCUAGACAAUGAGUUGUCCCAGGGCACGGAGAAUGGGUCUCCCCACGACCAGAAUGUGGGCAACGGCGUUCUUCUCGGGUUCCAUGGCAGAUGGGAUGAAACCAACAAGGAACUCAUUGCUCUAGGGUCCAGGUUCCAAGACAAGAACAAGAAAUAA